AAACAAGAUGAUGAUGCGUGCUAUAACACUUUCGGUUCUCCUCUGCCUGUUGGUAGGCGUGCAGUCGGACAACUUGCAAAUUGGCACGAGUGUGAACGGCCAACUUGCGUUCACGAAGGACGUCCAGCUGUCCGCCAUCCCGUUUAAGAUACGGACCAAGAGUGUCUUUUACAACGGCAAUGCUACUAUCAAGGGUAUAUCGGCGAUCGACCUGAGCAAGACCGCGGCUACAGCGAUGGUGACCGCCGGCGGUGUCGGCUCCACGUUCGCCAACAUGAAGAUGAAGAGCGAGAGAGGAGAGCCUCUCAACUACCAGCUGCAGAUAUUCGUUUAG